CCGGCCGCGCCCCGCCCCGCCCCGCCCGGACCUGGCCCGCGGGGGAAAGGGCGGCUGAGCAGCGUUUCCGGGUCGCGGCGGGGCCGGGAGGCGCAGCGGGCGGCGGCGGCGCUGGGAGACGCCAUGGCCUUGUGGUGGUGGCGGCGCUGCUGCUGCUUCUCCCGGGCGCCCGCGUUCGGCUCCCUCCGGAGCCUGCUGGAGGCCGCAGGGCCGCGACUCGGCUGCGGGCCCUGCGCGGGGCGGGCUGCGGGAAGAGCCGAGAUGCAUUAUUUUCUGGGGAGAAGUUCAGUUUUGUCAUUUCCAAAAAUUCGUAGUAUAUUUUUGCGGUUUCAUCAUACAACAACCUCACGAACAUGCAGCUGUAGUAAAACAGUUACUGAUGAAAAAUACAAGGACCCUUUUAAACUUGGUCGGAGAGACUUAAAGAAUCUGUAUGAGGAUAUUAAAAAGGAAUUUCUUGUAUCUACAGCAGAACUUAGGGAAAUGUGUGAAUAUUACUUUGAUGGAAAAGGGAAAGCCUUUCGACCAAUGAUUGUGGUGCUAAUGGCAAGGGCGUGCAAUAUUCACCAUAAUAACUCCGGGGAGGUGCAAGCAAGCCAACGCUCUGUGGCCAUAAUUGCAGAGAUGAUCCAUACUGCUAGUCUAGUUCAUGAUGAUGUCAUUGAUGAUGCAAAUUCUCGGAGAGGAAAAAUGACUGUUAAUCAAAUCUGGGGGGAGAGAAAGGCUGUUUUAGCUGGGGAUUUUAUCCUUUCAGCAGCUUCUGUUGCUUUAGCAAGAAUUGGAAACAUUACUAUUAUAUCGGUAUUAAGUCAGGUGAUUGAAGAUUUGGUGCGUGGUGAAUUCCUUCAGUUGGGCUCCAAAGAAAAUGAAGAUGAGAGAUUUACUCACUACCUCGAGAAGACCUUUAAGAAGACUGCAAGUCUUAUCGCAAACAGUUGUAAAGCAGUUUCCAUACUAGGCUGCCCUGAUCCAAAAGUUCAUGAGAUUGCAUACCAGUAUGGAAAAAACGUUGGCAUAGCUUUUCAGCUAAUAGAUGAUGUGCUUGAUUUUACAUCCUGUGCUGACCAACUGGGGAAACCAGCAGCAGCGGAUCUCAAACUUGGAUUAGCCACAGGUCCUGUUUUAUUUGCUUGCCAACAGGACAUAGCUGGAAGGAUCUCCUCUCCUCUUAUCUAAUGAAACAAGUACUGGCAUUGACUGGCUCCAGCGGGAGCUGCAUUCAGCAUUCCUCCAUUGGAGAGUGGACCAUUAUUACUGAGGACUUGAAGAGAAAUGAGUUAGAACAAGCUUAGAUAAGUGUAGUUUUUUUCCUUCCUUACAUCUUCCAGAACAAAAAUAGAGUAAGAGACUAAUAUGGGUCCACACUUGCACAAAGGGGAAGGACAGUAUGGCAAGAGAGCCGCCUUUUAGAAGAGACAGGAAGGCAGGGAUGGUACUGGCCACAUAGAAAGGGAGCGAUGCUAGUGGCCCCUGAGAACAAAACCCUCCAUGUUCCACUUGUUUCAGUGGGAAAUCCUCAAGGAGUCACGAGAACUCGUUCCCACCCUGUAAGAUCUCUCUUGACUUAGUGAUGAUUUUCUAGAGAAAAAGGGAAGAGAGGCACAUACAACAGAAAAAGGGAACAGCGACAGUGGCAAAGUACAGAAAGAGGAUGCAGCGUAGAAAUGAACAGCAAGUGGACAGAAAAGGGAAGAUACUUGCAGACUGCCACAGCACUGUUACAAGAAUCUGUGUAGUUGAUUGAUCUGUAGAGUGCUGAUGAGUCCAACCCAGAACCUGUUUUAUUAACUUAGUAUUUUAUUUAUUUACAUUUGUAUAUUACAUCGUAGGUGCACGUGGCAUGCAGUGUUUCUCAAAAGCAGCCACCAGUAGAUUGGUUUGCAGCCAUGACAGCCUUCAAAGCAUGGGUGGAGAUUUGGGGGAGGGGAGGGAUGGGAAGCAAAGCAGCAGCCCCUGCCUGCAGCACCCAGCUGUUGCUCUUGACUAGCUGUUACCAAGGGCAGCAAGAUCUGCCACCUUGAUGUUUGUGCUGGCACUGCCAACAGGGAUCAGUGCCCUGCACCAUUCAACCUUGGGGGUUCUGGGAAGCGCCUCAGGAGCCAUGUGGGGCUGGUGUGUGCGGUACUGGAUGUGGCUCUUGUCAGUGGAGGCAGCUGCAGUGUUCAGUUACCAGGGCACUCCCUUGGGCAGCUCCCCUGCUCCUGCCCAGCUGGGGCAUGGGGAGCCUGGGACUCCACAGGUGGCUGGUGAAUUCCUGACCCACCUUCCCUGGGGCAGGCUCUCAGGGAAGAGCCAUGGGAGUCAGACUGGUUUGUCAGAGCGGCCACCAGCAAGAGUUGGUGGCCACACUCUACGGCUACCAUAAAAUUUGUUGUGAGAACCCCUGCUCUACAGAGUGGUUAAAGACAUAAUGCCUGACCCUGAGAAGCUUAGGAUCUAAGAUAGAAAGGGCAUGGAGAGGGGACAUCAGGCAAAGGGGAGGAAGUUUACACACUAAGGUUGUGUGGUUCUGCUUGUCACAAGGUACACAAUGUUAGUGCCACCUUUCUUGUUUAAAAAAAAAAAUUAGUAAGAUCCUAAAGGAGUAAAGAUUAUUGUGGCAGAUGGCAUGAAAAUCUAGUUUUCAGCCUCUGUAUGGCCAAGACCCAGUAGUCUCCCAGUACUGCUUGUGUUUAGUCAUUUAAGAAGGCUUCUAUUCUCAGAUCAUCUGGGUGUAAGUGCCUCUAGCAGCUUUGUAAUUCUUCGUUCUGGCCACAGUAUAGUAAUAGAAGAAACCGGAGGAGAUAAAAUUAGCUGUACAGGAUCCAUUCUCUUAUCCAUAUUUCCAUCUUAAAAUUGUGCUGUCUGUUCUGAGUUAAUCAGCUUUUGGUUUGACUCUAAUGUUUGCAUUUUAUGAAUUGUUCUAGAGUAGACAAAACUUGAGUUUCUAAUAUUAAAAUAAAGGUAAAAAAACCUGACAUUUUAGAAUUUUCAUUGAUCACAAGUCCAGUGUUUUGGUUAUGGGCUACUUAUUAGUGUUCCCCCUUUCACACUCACUCUUUAUAUCUUGAUAAUGCAAUUGUCAAUGUUUCAUCUGGCUGUCCUUCCACAGAACAUUUUGGAAGGUCUUUUAUGUCCAGCGGAAAACCUCCUCAUUGACAAUUUCCUGCUGUUUACAAGCAACUAGUACUGAGCCACACUGCAGGAUUAAGUAAUGUGUUGUUUGUUUGCAUUCCCAGAUCCAGUUUUUAAAACUUAUGUAAUCAGACACUUAUUUGUACUAGUAGCAAUAAAUGUUAUACAUCCAUUUGCAUGGAGGCUGUCAACACAUCCCCCACACUUGGGAUAGGAAUUAGCAGUGUGCAACAAAGUGCCGCACUGUAACUCUCCUGUGUGGACUCUGCAGCAGGAUUAUAUUAAUGUGAACUAGGAUCUUUUAGUUUGUGUCUGUGCAGUACAAGCCCUUUGAAGAAGAAAAACUCAGUCUAAAACCUGUAAAGGGUUUUCCCUGAAGGUUAAUUUUUCUUUGGCAAAAGAUAUACAUCUGCUUCUCUUCCUCCUACCAUUUUGGCCAGCAGUUAACCUGUUAUGUCCAUAUGUUGAAGACGCUUUUACAAACAAGUCAUUAUAGCUUUGGAAAUGCCUUUGGCUUCCACUUUCACAGAAAAGUGUUAUAAAAUAAAUAAUCAAUGCUUUUAUGCAUUUAAAGUUGACUUAGAAGUGAGAUUUCUUAAAAUUUAUAUGUAUAAAUGUAACAUCAGCCCCAGCUCUGCAUAAUGUGACUGUAUUCUCAAGUUUUUUUUAACAAUUGAAAUGAAAGCUGCAGGCUACAUAUUGGUUCCCUUAAGAGAAUUUACCAAGAAGUGGGAAUUUCUCAUUUUUGCACAGAAUAGUUAAACAUUAAAUUCUCAUACAUUUUCAAUCCUAUACUUUUAAGAGGUGACUUUAGAAUUAAUAAGCACUCCUUUCAAAGGUUUAUACAUUAGCUGUUAUAUGCAGAUUUUAAGGUUAAGAAUAACUUUGUGUGAAAGGUCUGGUUUUUCUAUAUUUUUGCAAGUUAGGUUAUUAGUGCUUUGACAGUCUUGCAAAAUGAGCAGAGAUGAAUAAUAUGCAAAUUGUAAUUAAAAUUGCCAUAAUACAGUAAGUUGGAAUCAGUAGAAAACCCAGUGAGCACUAACAAGUGUAGGUUCUGCCUAAGAAAACUGCUUGAAAGCAGUAAGAGGAACAUUGUCAUUAUGGAGAGAUGUAGGUCCCCAAUACAAAAUUUCUCAAGUCACACAUUGAUGCUGAAAAUCCUUUACAAAUGUAUAGCACAAGUUAAAUUUUAGCUUAAUCGUAGCUGUCCCCUGCUGAUGAGGAAAAAAGAACUCAUUAUUAUAAAGCAGCACAGUGAUGCUGAGGUUCCUGCAUGCUGUGAAAUAAUGUGUUUUAAAAUACAGCAUCUUGAGGAAGUAAGGGCUAGCAGCUGUUUGGAUUUAUGACAGUGAUUUACCCAGACAAUGCACUUUAGACUGGCAGAUUUGUAGAGUAAGACUUUUACUCAUUAACCACACUUUUGAGGUUGAAAACACCAGUAUCCUACUUUUUAAAUGUUCAGAUUAUAUAUGAAAAGCCAGAGUUAUUAGCUACAUUAAGUAUUAAGAUACCUAUGCUGUCAUCCUUGAAUCUAAACUGGAAGAGUUUAGUAUGCAUUUCUGAACUUGUAUACCCUCUCAUCACUGUACUUAAACACCCACAGCUGGCCUGGAUGAGCCUGCCUGAGCCCAAAACUUCUGUAGUGCAAUUGUAUAGCCCUUCCCCAGCCUGAGUCAGCUGACUAGACCAGCUGCAGCUGUUUUGUUUGGUACUGAAUUUUGAGCUAGAUACUACCUGCAGGGAUGAUUACAAGUAGAGGAGGAAAACAGCCCUUACUUUGCCCAUUUAAUUCAAAUCUACCAUAUUCAGGAAGGGUGGGGAUCUGAUUUGGGUCUAAUUCUAAUUAAAUAUUUAGCACAUUGGGAAGUCUUAUGCACAUCAAAUGGGCCAAGUUCAGUUAUGUUUGAAUGGCUGUGUCUUAUCUUACCUCUCCCUAAGAAAUGGGGCACAUCUAAUUUACACUACAUCCAAGAUUUACCAUGACUUCCCCCUCCCAAGAUAUCCAGAGGGUUAGUUUCUGCUCCUUAACUAUUUUAAAAGGACAGGUUCUGUACUACAUUGAUCCCUACUGCAUCUAUAUUUAAAACCAACACAAACUUAAACCUGAGAUGCAGCAAGUAAUGUGCAGGGGGAGGGGGGAAGAAAUAACCUAGUUACUGGAGGCUGUGUGAAAGUGAAGCUUCUACCCCAUGCCUUGUAUUCUUAUUACCUUUCAUCAGAGGACCUCAAAAGCAUUUUUUUCAAAGCAGGUAAGUUAUCCUUGUACAAAUGAGAUAAGAGGCCCAAAGUCAGUCAGUGACCCUCAAGACACCUGAGUAGAAUAGAAGCCUCUAUUAGACUGUUUGAGGUUGUAUUAAUAGACUAGCUCCAGGGAUCUAGUACAUUUUUAUCUGCCCUUUGACAUUAAUGUAACAGACAGCUACACAGAGAAAACAUUUCAUAAGUCAAUAGUUAAAUUUUCUCCUUCAU